CGGCCACCAGAUUCGUUGGUUUUCAUAAAGUUUCAUUUGGCAGUACAAAAUGUUGACUCGAAAUGCUGAACAAGUUUUGAGAAUUUUCCUAAUUUUAGUGAAAAUGCGUAAAUUAAAACUGCGAUUAAAACAGAAGCGCCGAUUUUGGGUUCGGAAAUUGUACUUAGAGCGACACAAAUAUGGAUUGUUUGAAAGUUCAUUAAGAAACUUGGCUGCAGAUGAGGAGCAGUUUAACAAGACAUUAAGAAUGCCCUUUUCGUUAUUUAAUGUGCUGCACGAAUUUCUGGAGGCUUCGCUGACCAAAUAUUCAAUCAGAACACCAAUAUCGAGUCGCUGCAGACUAUUUAUAACCCUGAUAUAUUUGGCUCACGGUGGCACUCGGCAAUUCCACACAAUAGUUCACAGGAUCGGCCUGACGACUUUCAGGAAGAUUACGUUGGAGACAUGUAUGACCAUAUGGGAUCUGUUAGCUGACCUGUAUGUGGCGACCCCGUCAGAAACGGAAUGGGGACGUAUUUCCAAUGAGUUCAAGUCGCUGUGGAAUAUGCCCAACUGCGUUGGUUCCAUCGACGGAAAGCACAUUAAUAUUACCUGUCCAGCGAAUUCAGGGUCGAUGUACUAUAAUUACAAAGGCAAUUAUAGUAUCGUGCUUUUGGCCGUAUGUGAUGCCAAUUAUACCUUUACCUGCGUUGACAUCGGAGCAUAUGGAAGUCAAAGCGAUGGCGGUGUCUACCACUUUUCAAAACUGGCAGAUGCUAUUGAAAAUGAUAGGCUCGGCCUUCCACAUGAUCAGCCUCUGCCAGGAGAAACCGAGCCAUUUCCACAUUAUUUAGUAGGAGAUGCUGCUUUUCCCUUACGGCGUUAUUUAAUGCGACCAUAUCCGGGUAGAGGUAUUCCAGAAGAGCAAGAGUAUUUCAAUAAAAGACUCUCUCGUGCAAGAAGAGUUAUAGAAAACGCAUUUGGAAUACUCACUGCCAAAUGGAGAAUAUUGAGAACGACGCUAUGCAUGGCCCCGAAAAAUGCAGAACAAAUAGUGAAAGCUUGUAUUGUCUUGCAUAAUUUUAUUAAGCUUUCGUGUGCAAACUAUGUAGCAAGCGAUUUUGUUGAUCGCUACGAAGAGGAUGCCACCAUCGCUGGCUCAUGGCGAAACGAAGUAGUUCCAUUGCCCUCAAUAAGUAGGGUGUCAUCGAACCGAGGCAGUUCAAAUAAUUAUGAUUUAAGGGAUGCUCUGAAGACACAUCUUUUUAACAAUAAAAUUUAA